AUGUCCAACUACCACUUUGUCAACUCCUCCCAGACAGUCUCCGACGCAAAGGGUUUCCCUGCCAAUUUCUCCAUCAAAGCGUCUCCUUCUACGGACGUUUGGGCAAAACCACCCUCAACCUAUCGAUUCAAUGCCCCUAUCUUGUACGAAUCCUUGCCUUUGAAGUCUUUCAAACGGGCGCGAGUAUCGAUUGUUGCGGAAUGGAAGGUUCUAUAUGACCAAGGCGGGCUGAUUUUCGUAAUCGGCGCCCAAGGAGACGAAGCGCAGCGGCAGUGGAUCAAAUGCGGAAUUGAGUUCACAAACAACAAACCGCAUAUCAGCGUCGUUGCCAAAGAUCGAUGGGCGGAUUGGAGUCUGACUGAGAUACCGUCUGGGGGGCAGGCGACUACGCUCGAAUUAGAGAGGGACGCUGAAAAUACACUGUGGGUGUAUCUAGUUGACGGUGCAUCGCGUGUGCCGUUGCGAGAGGUUACCUGGGCGUUUGAGCAAGAGGAGACAGUCGAGUGUUGGAUUGGGCCAGAAAUUGCAGCGGAUUUUGCCAAACAGGCAGCUACACGACUAUCGCAAGACAAACUAAGUCGGUUGCUAGAAUUUCUAAAGGAUCCAAGACCUCAUCAAGCCGCGAGUGAGAGAGAGCUACUGAAAGAAACAUUGAACACCAAACUGGAGGAUUUCUAUUCAGAAGAAACGCGACUGUCGUGUCAAAAUCGCGAUAGACUGACUAGACCCGGGGGCCCUGAGGAUGCCAACUUGGGGAUUAUUAUGCAUCUACAAACAAAGCAAGGACCAAUUGAUAAGUUUUGGGAUCAAGAAAGUGCUACAGUAGCACUACUACAAGCAAAGGGCCUUGAUGGUGAUUUUGCGUUCGGUUUCGACUGGCAUUGGCGAGCUGAGUUCUCGUUUAAAAGCCGUCGCAACUGUCCCGUUAGGGAGUGGGCGCCAUCACUUGUGAAAUUACAUAACGAACAUUCUGCUGGUAUCUUAGACCUUUUGCCCUUACCUUUUGUGAUCACUGCUUCAGCAUGUGUUGCAAAGAAUCUCAAGAAAUUUCUAGGCAAGGAUGCUGUGUCUCUAGAGCUGAUUCCUGAACAAGGGUCUGAUAAGCUGGUUCUAGAUCUGGAUUUUAGAGAUGACAAGCUGCAUCGCAUGGUAAUACACGUCCAUCACCCUACAUCUGGGUUCUUUAAUGCCAUGUAUCGGAGGCCAAAAAUGGCGGCUCAGCUAGAUGCUGGCCUUAACUUUUUCUUGUGGCUGACGGGAAGACACUAUACUGCGAUGAAUUUUCGGCACGCCUAUUCUCGUCGUGGUCGUUCAGAACAAGCCCCCCUCGCGGAUCUAUGGAAUUAUGUGAAGAGAGAGUCUGAUGAGCAGCGGACUCUUCGAAUAGAAGAAUACGCCCCAUCCUUUGUGAUAUGGGCCGGCAGAUACAUUGAAGAAGAUCCUUGCGCCCUAGCAUCAAAAGGAAUCUCUCUAGCUACCACAGCAGCUACAAAGCUACGUCAAACUUUGAGCGUGGCAGCUAGCAACCGAGAGCAAAAGAAGCGAAAGAGGGGGGAAGAGGCAAGAUGGUCAUAUCUCCGAGGAUCUCAUACCUCCAACGAUCGUUCUAACGGAACACUAUUUCAUGGAAAGACCGUUGAAGUAACACCUAGUGGUUAUGUGAAGUUGCUGAUGGAUCUGGGAAGUCCUUUCGUCACAUUUCGGAUCAAUAUCGGUGGCAUAGAGGACAUACUAAGCUCUGGGGCGAGACCAACCAUUUUGUUUUCACCAACUCAUUUGAUGUUGUGCAUAGGCGAGGAAAUAAUAUACAAGACACCGAAUGAGCGCCUAAUCCAGUUAUCCGAUGGCCUACUGUGGUUCGAUUUGAUCUCGCAUGAACUCAAUGCAAUUACUGGGUCGCUUGAACAACUUUCGCCAGAGAAUGAUUUGAUAUCUUCCAAGACUGGCCCCAUUCCCAUCGACGACUGGAAGUCAACUGAUUUGCGAAGAAGACUUCUUAAUGGCGACAAUUUUCACUGCGGAGCAAUGACAAAUGAGACGGCUACGGGAAGGGUUUCCUUCCGAGAAGUUGCCAUUCGUGUUCCAGAACACGCCGACUUCGAGACCGUCUACGUGAAAUGCUUUCUAGCUCCGGAUAGCACGCGUCACCCAAAAGCAUGUGUUGAAGCAUGUGCAAUGAAGAACCCUGCGAAUCGACUGGCAAUCACAGUGAGGUUCAAAAGGAAAACCACGGGUGGUGAGGAAGAAAUGUGGGCAAACUUUCGCGGAAAAAAGGACCUCAUGAAGGUGAACUCUUUGGUCGAUUUUCUCGAGGGAAAACCCGAGGAAUACACUGAGAAACAGCCGUUGCGGUUCCUGCCCAGGAGCACAAAGAAAGGAAGGGAAAAAAUAUGCUAUACACCUGACUUUUAG